ACUGGGCCCGGCCGCGGUGCAUGCUGGGCCGGGGAGGCCCCCGCGCGGGGCAUGCUGGGUCGGCUGGGCCCGGCCGCGGUGCACUGUGGGUCCGCUCGGCUCCCGCAGGAGGCGGUGGCGGAGCCUGGAUCAGGCCGGAGCCCGGGGGGGUCUGAGGCCCGGAUCCCCCCGGCACGGAGCGGGGACCCCCGGGAUGGGAGACCGCGGCCGCGACUGCAGGAGCCCCGACAGUUCGUCUCUGAGCUCAUCACCCCCACCGGAGCUCUCGGCCCCACUUCACCCCUCCAUGAUCAGCUCGGCCAUGACCUCCUCCAUCAACUCGCCCGUCAGCAGUUUGGGCUCCCCCUUCCCCGUCAUCAGCUCGUCCCUGGGGUCCCCUGGGCUCCCAGCCACGCCCUCCAGCGGCUAUGGCCCCGUAAGCAGCCCCCAGAUUAACUCCACUGUGAACCUGUCGGGCAUGCACUCCGUCAGCAGCUCGGAAGACGUCAAGCCCCCCCUGGGCGUGCGGGGUCUGCCGUGCCACCCCCACGGUGGCAUGAUGCCGGGGAAGCGCCUCUGUGCCAUCUGUGGGGACAGAUCAUCAGGGAAGCACUACGGGGUGUACAGCUGCGAGGGCUGCAAGGGUUUCUUCAAGCGCACGAUCCGCAAGGACCUGACCUACACGUGCCGGGAUAACAAGGACUGCAUCGUGGACAAGCGCCAGCGUAACCGCUGCCAGUACUGCCGCUACCAGAAAUGCCUGGCCACUGGCAUGAAGAGGGAAGCGGUGCAGGAGGAGCGGCAACGGGGGAAGGAGAAGGACGGCGAGGGGGAUUUUGCAGGCGGUGUGAAUGAGGAGAUGCCGGUGGAGAAGAUCCUGGAGGCAGAGCUGGCCGUGGAGCAGAAAUCGGACCAAAGCGUCGAUGGCUCUGGCACUGGGGGCAGCUCGCCAAACGACCCGGUGACCAACAUCUGCCAGGCGGCCGACAAGCAGCUCUUCACGCUGGUGGAGUGGGCCAAGCGCAUCCCUCACUUCUCAGAGCUGCCUCUGGAUGACCAGGUCAUCCUGCUGCGGGCGGGCUGGAACGAGCUGCUCAUCGCGUCCUUCUCGCACCGCUCCAUCUCGGUGAAGGACGGGAUCCUGCUGGCCACGGGGCUGCACGUGCAUCGCAACAGCGCCCACAGCGCCGGCGUGGGGGCCAUCUUCGACAGGGUGCUGACUGAGCUGGUCUCCAAGAUGCGGGACAUGCGGAUGGACAAGACGGAGCUCGGCUGCCUCCGGGCCAUCAUCCUCUUCAACCCGGAUGCCAAGGGGCUGUCGAACCCUGGGGAGGUGGAGCUGCUGCGGGAGAAGGUCUACGCGUCUCUGGAGUCCUACUGCAAGCUGACGUAUCCCGAGCAGCAGGGCAGAUUCGCCAAGCUGCUGCUGCGCCUACCGGCCCUGCGCUCCAUCGGGCUGAAGUGCUUGGAGCAUCUCUUCUUCUUCAAGCUCAUCGGGGACACCCCCAUCGACACCUUCCUCAUGGAGAUGCUGGAGGCCCCCCACCAGCUGUCCUGAGCCCCUGGCCGGCCACACGAGAGCGGCGCAGCCUACGGCGGCUCCCCGGCGCCCACCGCUGGACUGGGGGGCUGCGGACUCUUUGGGGGGCUGCCAGGAGAAGGCCCUGGGGGUAGCGUUGUCAGUUGCGUGUUGGGGCCCCCUGGGUGUACCCCCUUUCCCCAUUCCUGGUUUGGGAGCCCCCUAGGGAGUACCCUGUGUGCCUGCCUAGAGCUGGGGUGGCCCCAGACCGCUCCCCAGGGGUGGACCAUGGGGUGUACCUCGUCCCCCCAGUUGCUGGCA